AUGGUUUCUCUGUACUAUGUUCUCCCACAGCUCCCUAAUCUCCUGAGCGAGCUAUGGCCACAGCCUGUGGCGUUUAACGGUGCACUAGGCUUGGAAGUCGACGACGGAGAUGUCGCCUGCGACCCAGUGUCUUGCGGCACCCCACUAAACACGAGUUAG